ACUUUUCAUGGAUGGUCACCGCAGAUCUUCCAUUAUCAUGAUUGCUCGACAACCUGAGGGUUAAGACCCGUUCUUCGUUCAAUCUCUUUUAUAUAUCCUGUCGAAUCUUGCUCCUUCAACAUAUCUAUCUGUCUUGCCUGAAACUUUCUUUUGCAGCCAUGGAUUUCAAUAACACUAGUCCAUGGUUCAAGCUUUGUGUUCUUUUCAUGUUCUUCUCUCUCAAGUUCCAUCUGUCCCUGGCUGCUGAUAGAAUCACUGCAACCCAACCUCUCUCUGGUGAUCAGACCAUUGCCUCAGCUAACUUUAAACUGGGUUUCUUCAAUCCAGGUAACACCUCAAACUAUUACAUAGGCAUGUGGUACACUCGAGUGAUACAACAGACAAUAGUUUGGGUGGCAAAUAGAGAGACUCCAGUUUCUGAUAGAUUUUCUUCAGAAUUAAGAAUCUCAGAUGGUAAUUUAGUUCUUUUCAAUGAAUCCAAAGCCCCCAUUUGGUCAACGAAUUUGAACUCUACUGCCUCACCUUCUGUAGAAGCAGUUCUUGGUGAUGAUGGAAAUCUUAUUCUGAAUGGGUCUGGUUCAUCGCUGCCUUUAUGGCAGAGUUUUGAGCAUCCGGCUGAUACAUGGCUGCCUGGUGCCAAGGUUGGAUUGAACAAAAUUACUGGAGAGAACACACGUCUUAUUUCAUGGAAGAACAAGACAGAUCCUGCACCAGGUCUCUUCUCUCUUGAGCUAGACCCAAAUGGAACCAGUCAAUAUUAUAUCCUAUGGAAUAUGUCAAAAAAUUUCUGGACCAGUGGAACUUGGAAUGGGCAAAUUUUCAGCUUAGUUCCUGAAAUGAGACUGAAUUAUAUCUAUAACUUCAGUUAUUUCACGAAUGCAAGUGAGAACUAUUUCACAUAUUCCUUGUACAAUAACUCUAUCAUAUCUCGAUUCGUGAUGGAUGUUGGAGGGCAGAUUCAGCAAAUGUCGUGGUUGGAGCCUGCCAAUCAAUGGAACUUGUUCUGGAAUCAACCAAGGGUGCAAUGCGAGGUUUAUGCUUAUUGUGGGGCGUUUGGCAGCUGCAACCUCAAGGGCCAGCCUUUUUGUAAUUGCUUGACAGGUUUUGAUCCCAAGUGGGCAGAUGAGUGGAAUUCGGAGGUCUACUCUGGUGGAUGCGCAAGGAAAACGAAGCUGCAGUGUGGGAAUUCUAGUCUCGUUAAUGGGAAGAGAGACAAGUUUUUGCCAAGUUUCAGGAUGAGUUUGCCUGAAAAUCCACAAACGUUGGAUGUUGGAAGUGCUCAAGAAUGUGAAUCAAAUUGCUUAAGUAACUGUUCUUGUACUGCUUAUGCAUAUGACAACAGCCAGUGUUCAAUAUGGAUUGGAGAUCUCCUGGAUCUACAGCAACUUACAGAUGGCGAUCCCAAUGGGAAGACUCUCUAUGUCAGGCUUGCAGCUUCUGAGAUUCCAAGCUCCAAAAGUAACAAAGGAGUAGUUAUUGGGGCGGUUGUGGGCUCUGUAGUGGUGGUUCUUCUAAUUGGGUUGAUUCUGUUUGCAAUCUUGAGGAGGAAGAGAACAAUCAAACCAGGCAAAGCAGUAGAAGGUUCACUGGUUGCUUAUGGGUACAGAGAUUUACAAAAUGCUACGAAGAAUUUCUCGGAGAAAUUGGGUGGAGGAGGUUUUGGCUCUGUUUUUAAAGGGAUCUUACCAGAUUCAGGUGUAAUUGCUGUUAAGAAGCUCGAAAGCAUCAGCCAAGGUGAGAAGCAAUUCCGCACAGAAGUCAGCACUAUUGGGACAAUCCAACAUGUCAAUCUUGUUCGCCUUCGUGGAUUCUGCUCCGAGGGAACUAAAAAGCUGCUGGUUUAUGAUUACAUGCCAAAUGGGUCACUUGAUUUCCAUCUUUUCCAUGAAAAGAACUCCAAGGUCUUAGACUGGAAUACGAGGUACAAUGUUGCUUUGGGGACAGCGAGAGGUUUGACAUAUCUCCAUGAGAAAUGCAGGGAUUGCAUUAUACACUGCGACAUAAAGCCUGAGAACAUCCUUUUAGAUGCUGAAUUUUGCCCCAAAGUGGCAGAUUUUGGCCUGGCAAAGCUUAUUGGUAGGGACUUUAGCAGGGUCCUAACAACCAUGAGAGGGACUAGAGGUUAUCUUGCACCAGAGUGGAUUUCCGGAGUGGCCAUAACAGCCAAGGCUGAUGUCUACAGUUAUGGCAUGAUGCUUUUUGAACUUGUAUCAGGGAGAAGAAACUCUGAGCAAUCUGAAAAUGGAACUGUGAAAUUCUUCCCAACUUGGGUUGCAAGACAAAUAACAGAAGGCGGUGACGUCCUUAGCCUACUGGAUCCCAGAUUGGAGGGUAAUGCUGAUCUGGAUGAGCUAAAUAGAGUUUGCAAAAUUGCUUGCUGGUGCAUCCAAGAUGAUGAAGCCCAAAGGCCAUCAAUGGGACAGGUAGUUCAAAUUCUGGAGGGAGUGUUGAAUGUGAACGUGCCCCCAAUUCCAAGAACUCUCCAAGUGUUUGUUGACGAAGAGGAACACAUAGUUUUCUUCACAGAAUCAUCCACUAGCCAGAGUUCGCAGGCACAAAGCAACACCUCCACUGCUUCCUCCUCGCAGUCACAGACCAAGAGCAUCACAUCAUCUAUUAGCUCCCAAUCUUAGAAGAAGAUCAAAGAAGCAAAAUGUCAAAGAACGAUCCUUGGAUUAAGUGUGUGAUUCUACUUUUGUAUAUGAUGAAGAAGCAGCCUAUAGAAAACUGUAAUGUAUGAUUUUAUUGACCAUGCUGUUGCUAGAAAUUGAAACUGGCUGGCUAUGUAUGAUAUUAAUAUAGUUUUAGAAUUCCUCCUCCUGAUAAUUAGAUAAUAUUUGCAGCAUUUCAAUUGUAACCCACAAGUGAGAGAUUCCUGUACUAAGUUAUCCUUUAAAAGCUUUGCAAGUACAAUUCCUCCAUGAACGAGGUGCUGAUAUUUGCUUCCACUGCUAAUGAAAAUGAAUUAUUGAAAAU